AAACAACCUCGCACACUUACAACGCGCAGGAAAUAUACAUAGAUAAAGUAGUUGACUCUCUACAAUGGGCCUAUCACGGCUUCCAAUCUUGUUGUGCAUCUACUUACUUCUGGGUCAAGCGACUGCGAUUAAACUGAAAUUUAGAUACGAUGAGUGCAUGCAUUAUGAUAUGAACAUGUAUGAGCCUUUCUACGGAAGUUUUGUGGCGCUCCCGGACCUGUACGCCCUACAGGCUAGGUAUGAUUUGACUAUUACGUCGCCAAGUGGCACCCGCGUGCAUGAAACCAUCGGGGAGACGGAGGCCAAGUUCCACUUGGUGCCGUACGAGACGGGCAAGUACCGCUUCUGCCUGCGUCUGAACCAGGAGAAGACGGGCAGUCGCUACGUGCUGUCUCGGGAGGUGCUGUGGGACCUGCAUGUGGGGCACGCGGACCCGCACGCGGAGAACGUCAAGGAGCACGACGCGCAGUCCCUGUGGCACUACGUGCACCAGGUGGAUGCCCAGCUGCAGCAGCUGCGCGCCACGCAGCAGUACCUCUACUGGCGCGAGCGGCGGCACCGCAUGACGGUGGAGUCCACCAACCGGCGGGUGCUGGGCUACGCGCUGCUGCGCUCGGGGGUGCUGGUGGUGGUGAGCCUGCUGCAGGUGGUGGUCAUCCGCCGCAUGUUCUCCAAGGCCAGCAGCAGCAGGCUGUAGGCGGCAGGGGUGGUGGUGGCGGGUGCUGCCGGAAGUAUGGGAGGGCCCCGGCGAUGCUGAAGGUCUAAUUCGGUUGCAUUGGUGAGGGCUGUCCGGGGCAGAAGGAGUGCGAUGGGUUUGAAGGGUUGGCUUGGAGCGACGGGAUAUGAGGUUGCGUUGGUCUUGAAUAGCCCUGUUCCGGAAUAAUAGACUGGGCUUAGGCUGGGGCGGAGUGAGGCGCGAGGUGCUGGCAGCAAGGUAAUAGGGAGGCAUUUGCGGCGCUGACAUGGGGUGUAUCCCCGUUAGUGGUGUGGGGGGGAUCCAGGCGCAUGUGAUCAGCAACCUGCCGUCAACUAGCACCGCGCGUAGGCGAUUCUCCGCGGACAUUGUUUUCCUUGCAUGGGUCAAAGGUGGUUGGUGGUUGGUUGACAUGCCGCCUUCGUUGCUGGCAGAGAAGAAACACGUUUGUGGCUUGGGCGGCGAGCUCUGCAGGCACACUUGGUUGUGACUUUAGGGGUGUACGCGCAAAACGCGGUUUGCACGGUUGUGCAACAACUGGUGUUCGCCAGGCAUGCAAGGGUGCGCUGUAACUAUUAUCAUGUCG